AUGAGUAACCGACCUACGAUUGCUGGAAGUGGUUCAUCCAGUUCGACGGUGCCGGUAUCGACCGAAAUGGUUCCGGAUGAACCCAAAUUGCCACAAAAUACAACAAUACCGUCCUAUAGAUUCUUCAAACUCAUUUCGGUGAACUUCAAGGAGGCAGCAUUAGACUCUCCAUCAUUUAGAGCCUCUAUGAACCACUUGGAUCUGCAGCUUUUGAACACAGAGAAGUGGUUUGUUGCAUUGUCAGCAUCCUUCUCGAAGAUUCCUCGUGUGAUCCAAGAGCUUCUGGGCUUUCUAGAUAGUUUCAUGGAGUAUUUGGUUCCGGUGUUCAUGCAAGAUGGACUCUUGGACCAAGAGUAUACAGUGUCUUCAUUAAACAACACCAAGGAUGGCCUCAAGAAGAUCUGGAAAUUGGCUUUGGGAAUCAUCGAAGUCAACAUGCCCAACAUUGAAAUCACCAAGAGUGAAAUUAUCGAGCGAAUCGCAACCUACAAGCAGCUUAGACGACAAUUCGACGCUGCCCAGGAGAAAUAUGACAAGUUCCUCUCAGUAUAUAUGGCGCUGUCAAAACUGAAGGAAGCUCCCAUGAUAUUGGAAGAUCUGCUACAGGUUUUUGCAGUCCGCAAAGAAUAUCUCCAAUUGAGUUUGGAUCUUACCAUGGAGAUAUCUGAGGUAAGCAAUCUUAUCAACGAAAAAAUCAACCACCGGAACUUCUUGCUUUGGAAAGAAAAAAUGGACAAAUUUAGCUAUGACCCUAUGGUAGCCGAGUUGCUAUCAGAAUUUUGGACCAAGACUGAUCGAAUCCAGUGCUGGAGUGAAGCCUACCAUAAAGCUAUGCUCAAUCUUAGUGCUGACUUGCUUCUUGCCAGAAAACACAUUGAAGAGCGCACAAUAUUGCAGUUCACUCCAUCUAACCUGCUCAAUGAUUAUCGGGCGCUGCUUAUUAACUCGAAGGUCUUGGAAGAGGCUAACGAGCCUGCUGCAGAGAUCCAUGGUUAUUUAUUCAUGAAAACAUGGACGGAAAGGUCAAAUAAGCCAAUCUGGGUUAAGAGAUGGGCGUUCAUCCAGAGCGGAGUGUUCGGCUUUUUGGUACUUAGUCCCUCUCACACGUCUGUCCAGGAAACUGAUAAGAUUGGUGUUCUACUUUGUAACGCAAAAUACUCACCCAACGAAGAUCGGAGAUUCUGUUUCGAAGUGAAAACAAUCGACACAUCGUUGGUGCUCCAGGCAGAAACACUUGAUGAACUCAAAUCUUGGCUCAAAGUGUUUGACAAUGCAAGAAACAGAAUAAUCAAUGAGAACGACCCAAUGCAUGAACUUUUCUCAUUGGCCAGCGGAAGAUAUCCCCCUCUUGUCACAGAGUUCCUGUCAACCACCAACACAGUAAUGGAUAAGCAGAUGUCAAGUUCACGAAUCAUCAACAGCGCCGGACAGAUCAUCACUUCCAGUAAGUUAUCUUCACAUCUAGAGAAGAACGAGAAAUUAUUUCAAAGUUCCAUCUAUAACCAGAUUGCUCAUAUAUAUCUUCCAUUUAUCACUGAUGCCAGUCGCUCGUCGUUGAUUGCUUACAGUCUUACAGGUUCAACGAGUGUUCCUACAGCUCUCAGUGCUAACAUCUGGGGAUCACUCAACUGGGGAGUAUAUUACAUGAAUGAUGUGAUUCCUAAUGAAUUGAUUGAGGAUGACAUCCCCGAGGAGGAAUUCUCCAAACAGAUCGGUAAUGGAAUGAGAGUGCCGAAAAACUUUCCCAAUGCGUGGCUUCCACGAGAUAUUCAGUUACGUGCAUUAUUCGAGUCUUGUGUGGGACCUCUGGAGUGCUGCCUUGUCUCAUUCAAUUGUUUGCUCUCUCCUAAUGCCCAGCAAGAGCUCCGUGGAACUACCUUCUUUACGCAGAACCAUAUUUACUCAUAUAUCCAUUCUUUGGGAUUUGUCUCAUUGAGUAAGGCGCCUAUAACACAUUUUGUGGAGGCUCAGUGUACACACAAGAAGCAUUAUGACAUGUUGAAGGUGGUAAAUUUGCAGGGAUCGCUAAGGGCGAAAUUAUUUUUGGAUGAUGGUUUCUUGAUCGCUAAGAAAUUGAAUUGCAUCUUCGAAAAUGCCGCUAGCAACGAGCCUCUAGGUCUCACUGGUCUUAUUCGUCAAAUUUUGAAGAUCGAGACUGAGUACAAUGCCGAAAAGAAGAAAGCUAAGGCUAAAGCAAAGCGUUUAAUUGGAGAGGACCAAACGUCUGUUCUCAAUGGAAGUUCGGAUAUCCAAUUCGUGUCUCAACCUACACCUAACCACCUGUUCCGGGUUGAUUAUUCUGAUGAGAUGACAUUGUUAGGUGAACAUAUUGUCAACCUUCCUCCAAAAGCAUUGUUUCACAUAUUCUUCGGAUCUCGUUCAACAUUGCUACAAGAGGCAUAUCCGGUUGUCACCAUUAGAAUCAGUGAUAGAACGAAAUGGAUGAAGGACCCAGAUAAUGAGAAUGGCCUUUUCCGUGGGUUUGUUACUGACUUCCGAUAUUAUGGCAGUAAGCACGGAAGAUUUACUGUUAUACAAGAACUCGAUCCGUGGGUCGACAACGAGUAUUACAAUUGCAAGAUUACAAGAUCGAGCUUCAAGAUUAAGUAUGGACCUGAGUUCAAGUUUGUGAGUCGUAUCAUCUUAAUUGGUGAAAAUGGCCAUACCAAGUUCAAGUAUUAUGGAGGAGUUAUCACAACUGACAAAAAGUCUCCUUUGGGAUGGUUAGUUAAGAAGAUUGGAAGUACUUACAGCAACUCCUUUUUCGGUUCCAUUUGCAGAAGCAUCGAUGAGGCAACUAGAUCGAUCGGGCAUAACGGAAAGGUUUUGAAAGCGAUCUAUCAAUACGGUAAGAUCGAAGUCACAGACCUACCAUACCAGAAUCCACAAAUCCCACCAUCGGAAGCCAGCUUGGGUACUGUAAUUAGACUAUUUUACAUGGGUACCAUGACUUCUGCCGGCAGACGGCUAGUCUCGACCGCAUACUUCAUUCUAAGUGUGUUGAAGAUUAUAUUUACCAAUUUGUCUGCGCACCGGAUUCUUGUUGGAAUAAUUGGUGUGUUGACGAUGAUGAACCUUUUUCUUGGAGCUAGAAGUACCAAGUAUUAUUGGCAGGCAAAGGAAGCACGCGAGCUCGCUCGCGAAGUGCUCAACUUCGAGCCGAUGAUGAUGCAGAGAGCCAUCUACCUGAAGGAUAUCCGGGAGCUCAUCAUGAAAAACGAUCUUAUUGCUUCGGACUCUAAAUGUUUCCAGACCUUCCGGAACUCGUCAUUUGUUCUCAAUUUUGACCAGCCUGCAACCUGGAGCAAUGCAUAUCAAGACGAUAUGACCCGUUCAGUAGCUAUCAAAUUGCGGAAGUCGCUUCAAGAGAUCGGAAUCCGCCGAAACGAAUUGAUUGUCAAUUUGCGGAUGCUUAAUUCCUUGGAGGAAGAAAUUGCUCGAGGAGAAUGGAAAAACUGGUUGAUGAGUGAGCUCGAGAAAUGUGAUUACUUCCGUAAUCUGCCAUUACUUGAAGAAGCGGCCAUUCUCGAUUCUGACUUCGAGACCGGAGUUGAGACACUCAAUGAAUUUUGCUCCAGUUGUUCAAAAGAGAUGGAUGUACUUCUUUCCUCUAAUAAUUUACUAUAA